UAGCACUCCCAGUCCCGAUUGCGAAAUUUGGUCACGUUCUUGGUCAAGGAGUGAAGACAAAUUAUCAUCAUGUCGAGUCCGACGUCGAUAAAUUUAGACAUCUUGACCCAAGGGGGGUUGAUUGUCUUUAUGGAAGUGUAUCUCUACUUCCAAGAACUUUACAGUGUAAUGUUAGUGUCUCUACUUUUCGUUUACAUGGCGUCUGGCUACAGGACAACGAGAACUGGGAAUCGAGCCUGCGUGCUGGUGCUAGGAGACAUCGGGAGAAGUCCCCGCAUGCAGUAUCAUGCGCUCUCGCUGGCAGGCGAGGAAUUCGACGUGGAAAUGGUGGGCUACGGAGGCUCCAAACCUCAUGAGGAUUUACUCAGUAACAAACAAAUUACAUUGCAUGUGAUGGCGGAUCCACCCUCUUUCAAAUUUUUGCCGUCGAUUGUGAGAUAUGGAGUGAAGGUGAUCUACCAGUGCUUUCAACUCUGUUGGGUGCUCUUCUUCAAGAUGAAGCUGCCUUCACACAUAUUUGUACAGAACCCUCCAGCCAUCCCCACCCUAGCUGUUGCCUGGUUUGCAUGCAAGGUCUAUGGCAGCAAGUUUGUGGUGGAUAUGCACAACUAUGGCUACACAAUACUGGGCAUAACCCUCGGAAAGACCCACCCCCUUGUCAGGUUCGGUGAAAAGUUCGAGCGCUUCUUUGGCCGCCAGGCUGAUGGCCAUUUCUGUGUGACGGAAGCAAUGAAGACGGAUCUGAUGGAUAAUUGGCAGAUCAAACGUCCAAUCACACUGUAUGACAGACCAGCAGCAAAGUUCAGAGAGACUCCAAUCGAAGAGCAGCAUGAGUUAUUCACAAAGCUGGCUGCAGACUAUCCCGAGUUUGCGUCUGAAUCUGGAAUGGAGGGGGAGACAGCCUUCACAUCCAUGGCGUCCGGUGAAGCGAGGAGGCUCGACAGAAGACCAGCUCUGCUCGUUAGCAGUACCAGCUGGACUGAAGAUGAAGAUUUUUCCAUCCUCCUAAGUGCAUUAGAGAAAUACGAGGCUGCAAAGACUGAAGGUGUUGCCAACUCCAAAUUACCUGCCCUAGUAUGUGCUAUCACAGGAAAGGGUCCCCAGAAGGACUACUACAAGGGACUGAUAGAAAAGAAACAGUUCAAGCAUGUCAGGAUCUGUACACCCUGGCUAGCUGCUGAGGACUAUCCAAAGUUAUUAGGUUCUGCAGACCUUGGGGUGUGUUUACACUAUUCAUCAAGUGGCCUGGACCUACCUAUGAAAGUGGUUGAUAUGUUUGGGUGCGGCCUCCCAGUCUGUGCAAUAGACUUCAAGUGCAUUGGUGAGCUGGUGAAACAUGAAGAGAAUGGCCUGAUUUUCAAAGAUGCAGAAGAACUAUCAAGUCAAUUCCAGGAUCUGCUGUCUAGUUUCCCAUCCAAGCAAGGCAAGCUGAAGGUCUUCCGAGAGAACCUCAAGACAUUUCAGGACCUAAGAUGGGAGGAGAGCUGGAAGAGAACAGUCAGACCAACUCUCUACACCUAAGACCAAAGACCUGGGGGGUGUUUCACAAAGAUCUUAAGUUGAACUUAUCUCUAAGUUGGACUUCAAAAUUAUGGAAAGCAGCUAUGAAAAUAUUUAGCAAAAG